GUUAAAGUGGAGGAUAAGAGGCUUUUGCAGCUCGUGCGGUCCACUUUAAACAAGUCUUGGCCUGAGCGGUUGAUACACCGAGCGAUAAAAAAGAAAGAGGAAACAGAAGGAUUUGAACUUCUUACCAGAAUAAACACAACAGAGCCUGAAGCAAAAUAGUAAGGGAAAAAAAAUCUGAGAAACUGAAUACGAUUACAGAUAGAGAAAUUACAGGAGUGGAUUAGGGCAAGACAGUCAGAGAGCAUCAUGGAGCGCAAAAUCCCUGACUUCUCCGGGACCUGGAAAAUGAAGAGCUCAGAAAACUUCGAGGAGCUUCUGAAAGCACUGGGUGUGAACGUGAUGCUUCGGAAGAUUGCUGUAGCAGCAGCAUCAAAACCAUCAGUGGAGAUUUCACAGGACGGUGAGACGCUGUCAAUCAAGACCUCCACCUCAGUUAGGACCACCCAUGUGACCUUCACUGUGGGACAGGAGUUUAUGGAGACCACAGUGGACGGACGGCCUUGCACGAGCUUUCCUCGCUGGGAGACAGACAGUAAGAUCAGCUGUGAGCAAACUCUACAGAAAGGAGACGGCCCUAAGACUUCCUGGACCAGGGAAAUGACCAAUGAUGGAGAACUGAUCCUGACAAUGACUGCAGAUGACGUCGUGUGCACAAGAGUUUACAUCAGAGAGUGAAAGUAAAAAACAACAAAAGCAGUAAUGUCAUCUUUUGUGUUCCCCGACUUCCCUGACUAGCCCUGUUAAGGCUUGACAAAAUCCAGCACGUGCCACAUUUAUUAUCCAUGUUACCUUUAGACUACAUGCUUAUUAAGUUACACAUUAACGUACGCAUACAUUGACCAAAUGUAUGUGGAUGUAAGCAAUAUUAGAAACACAUUCCACUAAUAAUAAGUAUACAGUAGGAUGUUAAAUAUAGUUACUUUGUAUGUCUGUUCCAUGUUUGAAUGCAAGUUGAGGAGAUGAAGUUUAGUCCAUGUUUAGUUUUGUAUUUCCUUAGAUAUAUUCAUCUUUACACCAGUCUAGUUUGCAGAUCAGCUUUCUCAGUUUAAUACGCAGAUGUCAACACUGUUACAGAGGAGGAUUCUGGGGAGAUCCGGCGUGUUACAUUAGGGUUUAAAACUCUGCAGGAUGGAAGUUGUUCAGGAGGAAGACUGGGCAAAAAUGGCAAGACUGGAAUACUUUGCUGGUCAUGUACUAAUAUAUAUGGGAUAAUCUCAUGCUACAUCAGAACCCUACUCUGAGGCACACACUAAAUAUGAGCCCUGGAUCCAGAGCACUUUUACAAUUGGUGUAACUUCAAUUUUUAAUCCAAACUUUAAUCCAAAGCUGGGAAAUUGGCAUAGAUUCAGUUGACAUUGAAGUAGUGAACCAGCGAGUUUGUCAGGUUGUCAUACUGAGGUUAAAAUAAUAAAAUCGGCUUGCAUCAAUAGCAAAAUUCUGGCCCGUGUUAUGAAGUCAAUUUAUCCCAGAAAGCCCUGACAGGAAUAAGCGUGUUUAGGGAACGUGUAUGACCUAUGGGAAGAGUUGGUGUAGGUACUGUACUGCACGACAUCUGUAGCUUCUUAGCAAUUAAAAAAAAAAUACUGUAUUUGCAUAUUGUUCUCUUCCUAGCCUCAUUUCCUCAGCAUCUCUUCUUUUUGUUUGUUAAGGUUUUGUAUAUACUUCACUAAAAUAUUAUGCUGUUAUACUUUUUAUUAUGUGUCUUUUAUAUAAAUGUGGUCAGUAGUAAUGAAGCCUAUAGGAGACUUUACAAUAAAAAGUAAAUAAAG